AGCCUCAAUUUCAGCGGAUCGGCACUCCUCUUAGCAUCGGCUCAGCGGAGAUGGGCCACGACUGCGGCCACAGAUGUGCGCCCCCUCAAGCCCAAGCUUGAACGCGGGCCAUCCAUGAAAUCACCCCUGCUCGACAUGCCCACCCCACUCGCACAUGUCUCGCAAUUGAAAACGCCCUCCACCCGCAUCACCACCUUGCGCAACGGCGUGCGCGUGGCCACCGAGGAGACCUAUGGCCAAGCCACCGCGAUGGGUGUUUUCGUCGAUGCCGGAUCGAGGAACGAGACUUUUGAGACCAACGGCACCACCCACGUCCUGCAGCGCAUGGGCUUCAAGGCAACGACCAACAGGACGAGCGCAGAGAUCGUGCAGAAGCUCGAGUCCUUGGGCGUGAAUGCUAUCUCGUCGUCGUCGCGCGAGGCCAUGGUCUACACUGCCGAAGUUGUGCGAGGUGACGUCGAAGAGGUGGUCGAAGUGCUCGCGGACUCUGUCACCAACCCGCUGCUCUUGGAGGAGGACCUCCAAGAACAAAAGAUCGCAGUUGGCAGGGAGCUGGAGGAUAUGGUGCACGACCCGCCUUCCUGGCUACCCGAGAUCCUCCACGAGCUUGCCUACGGCCCGGAGGGCCUCGGGCUCAGCCACUUGUGCCCGCCGAGCAACCUGGAGCACAUUGGACGCGAGCAGCUCCACAACUUUGUCAAGACCUACUACGUGGGUCCGCGCGUGGUGGUGGCCGCUGCCGGUGUCGAGCACGAUUCCUUCGUGAAGCUGUGCGCCAAGCAUUUCGACAGCCUUCCCGCCGCGGAAGGCGGCAAGCCUCUCCACGUCCCCAGCGUAUACAAAGGCGGAGCGCACGUGGAGUUCAUGAGCCCCGAGAACGAGAAACGGCUUCAAGAGUUGCAGGCAGAGUCCGACAAGCCGCCUCCCUCGCACGUUGCCCUCGUAUUCGAAGGCUCAGGGCUGAACGACCCUGACCUGUACGCCACGUGCGUGCUUCAAAGCCUGCUGGGCGGAGGGUCCUCGUUCAGUUCCGGAGGUCCGGGCAAGGGCAUGUACACUCGCCUGUACCGCCGUGUGCUCAACAACUAUGGCUUCGUCGAUUCUGCCUCCUGCUUCAACUCGUUCUAUCUGGAUUCGGGGCUCUUCGGCAUCUAUUCGACGGUCCAGCACAAGGACAUUGGCAACAUGCUCCACAUCAUGAGCGUGGAACUGGUGGACUUGACCGGCUUCUCGGCGCCGAUUGGACAGGAGGAGUUUGACCGGGCCAAGAACCAGCUCCGAUCGGGCAUCUUCAUGAACUUGGAGCAGCGAGCGGUGUUGUGCGACGACAUCGGGCGUCAGGUUCUCUCAUACGGCGAACGCAAAUCCGCUCAAGAGCUGAGCGAUUUGAUCGAAAAGGUGACCAUCGAGGAUGUGAUGCGUGUGGCGCGACGCAUCCUGUCGACGAAGCCCACGCUGGUGGUCUACACGCCCGAGAAGUACGCCACGCUCGUCCCCUCGCAUGAGCGACUUUGCGCAUGGUUCGACGCCAUCAACGAUAAGCUCAACGGCAAGGAAUCCAGCGAAAGCAAGUGA